AUGGUCUUUCUCGCAGCGGGGGAAACCCCCGAGAUACCCACCAAAGACAUCUGCUCGUGGAUCUUCGAUGAGCCAAAAUACGACGUCAACAAACCGAUCUUCAUCGACGCAACAAAUCCAAAUCGCUCCAUAUCGCACCUUCAGGCCCGGAAGAUCAUUCGUCAAUUGAUUGGCGGUCUCCGCAAGGCUGGGGUGAAAAGGGGUGACUGUGUCCUCAUCCACUCCUUCAACGACAUUUACUAUCCAAUACUCUUUCUAGCUAUUGUUGGUGCUGGGGCAGUAUUCGCUGGGACGAAUCCAGGCUACACACCCCACGAAUUGCGGCACCACGUCGACAUUACCAAGGCCAGCUUCCUCAUCAGUGAGCCGGAAUUACUCGAUUCUCUACUGCAAGCAGCCAGGGACAAGGGAAUCCCCCAGGCAAAUGUCCGCAUCUUCAACACACAGCCCCACCAGUCCGUGCCGGAAGGAUUCACGAGCUGGACAGACCUAAUGCAGCAUGGCGAAGGCGACUGGGUGCGCUUCGACGAUCUCGACACCUGUGCAAACGCGACGGCUGCUCGAUUGACGAGCUCUGGAACAACUGGCCUGCCCAAAGCCACAAUAACUUCACACCAAAAUCUCAUUGCCCAGCACGAGCUCUUGUACAGCCCUAUGGUGUACCAAAAGAACUACGAACCAAUCAAUUUGUAUCCGACGCCGAUGUUCCACGCAGCCAUCGCCCCGCGAUGUCACACCUCAACGCUGAAGCUCGGCGAGACCGCGUACGUCAUGAGGCGGUUCGAGUUGGAGCCAUUCCUGGCGAACAUAGAGAAGUACAAAGUGACGGAAUUCUACGUCGUGUCAGCCAUGGCCGUGGCCAUCGCCAUGUCUCCGCUCCUUAAGAAGUACUCGCUGAAGACGAUACGGCACGGCCUUGCGGGCGCGGCGCCCCUGAGCAAGGAGACCCAGGCAGCAAUCAAGCCGUAUUUGGGCCCAGGCGCCCCAUUCGCACAGGUCUACGGCAUGACGGAGGUUUCGUGCAUUCUCACGCACUUCCGGUGGCCCGAAGACGACCGGACGGGCUCGGUCGGGCGGGCAAUCCCCGGCAUGGACCUGAAGCUGGUGGACGACGAGGGGAGAGACGUCACGGGCUACGACGUCGUGGGGGAGAUGUGCGCCAGGGGCCCGACCGUGAUCAAAGGCUACUUCAACAACCCGCCGGCCAACAAGGAGUCUUUCGACGAAGACGGGUUUUACCGCACCGGGGAUAUGAUGUACUGCGACGGCGAGACCAAGCUGUGGUACGUGGUGGACCGGAAGAAGGAGCUGAUCAAGGUCCGCGGAUUCCAGGUCGCGCCGCCUGAGAUCGAGGGCGUCCUGCUGACGCACCCGGCCAUCGUCGACGCGGCCGUCAUCGGCGUCGCCGCCGCCACCGAACUCGACGGCGAGGCCCCGCGUGCCUACGUGGUGCGCAGACCCGGCACGGCGCCCCAGGAUCUGACGGAGAAGCACGUCUACGACUGGGUGGCCCAGCGGCUGGCCAAGUACAAGCGGCUGGAAGGCGGGGUGCGGUUCAGGGACGUGAUCCCCAAGAACGCCAGCGGCAAGAUUCUGAAACGCAUCUUGAGGGACGAGGUGAAGAAGGAAAAGCCCGCUUCGAGACUGUAG